AAACACACCCAUUUUUGCAAGGUAAAAUGGCUCAAAAAAGGGGCUGAAGGGCAUCAAUUUUGUGCCGUGUUAUUUUGGCUCUGCAUUUCCUGGCCAUAUGAAGCAUAUCCUGGUUCUUCCAUUUCCACUCUCGGGCCAUGUCAUUCCCAUGCUGAAUCUCUGCUGCAAGCUCGCGUCGAGAGGUAUCGGCCAGAUCACGCUCCUCAUCAACGAAGAUUGCGUAGAAACGGUGGAGAAACUCCACGAGGAGCUCGUGGCCCGCGGAGAUCUCAGCAAGGAGGUAGUCUUCACUGUGGAGUCCAUUCCGGUCACCUGGCCUCCAGCAUUUCGAGGCAGUGCCGAGCAGAUCGAGUGCUUGUCCCGAGCAAUCGAUGGCACGGGGAAGUUUGCGGAGGAGGUGGCCAUCCGAGCCCUGCAGAGCACCAGUGUUCCUCCGGUCUCGUUUCUCCUGUCCGAUUUCGGACUAUGGUGGAGCCAGGAUCUCGCCAACAAGCUGGGAGUUCCCAGGAUUCUUCUCUCCAUCAUCGGGUUCCAGGAGUUCGGGAUCAUCCUCCAGAUGCCGCGGCUCAUCUCCCAGGGGAUUUACAAUCCUUUCGCCGAGACCGAAGACGAUGAUCUCGAGAACAAGUUGAUAGAAGUGCCUGGAUUUCCAGCGUUCAGGGCCUCUGAAAUCCCGCGGAUCUCGCAGUUCCCGGACGCUCUCAAGUGCUACUGGGACGCGCUCAUGCGAUACAUGACUCGUGCGAGAGAGGCCAAGCUCAUCCUCGUCAACUCCUGCUACGAGCUCGAAGGCGAGGCCUACGACGCCACCCUUCGAAUCCACAAGCUGCCGAUCCAUCUCGCCGGACCACUGCUCGCCAGCCCGCUCGAUUCUGUUGCUACCUCCGACUGCUUGAAGUGGCUGGACACGAUCAGAUCCCCAAGGUCGGUGCUCUUCUCGUCUUUCGGUACGUUCUUACAGCUUCCAUCGUCCGAGCUCGAGGAGAUUCUCUUCGGCAUCGAGGCUAGCGGCCAGAGCUUUCUACUGGCAUUCCGGACGGAUGUUGUGGUUGGAGAUCCUUCUCCAACGCUGCUUUCCUUUCUGGAUCGUUACAAAGAACCACAGUCAGAUCCACGGAGCAAGCAGAGAGGAUUGAUCGUACCUUGGGCUCCUCAGCGAGAAGUUUUACUCCAUGGCUCCGUGGGUGGAUUUUUCACUCACUUUGGAUGGAACUCGGUGCUGGAAAGCCUCGCGGCUGGCGUUCCCAUGAUCGGGAAGCCGAUCGUGGGUGACCAAGUUGGCAACCGGAGGCUGGCGGUGGAUCGCUGGAAGGUGGCGCUGGAGAUCCCAGAGGACGAUGAGAAGAAGUUGCGCAAAGAGGCCGUGGAAGCCACCGUGCGUGAGCUGUUUAGCAACGAAAAACUCCGGGCCAAUGCUGCUCGGCUCGGUAAAUCUCUCGAAGAGAUCGUCCAGGAAAAUGGGUGCGCGUACAAAUGCUGGGACAUGGUUGCUAAGAUCUAACAAAAAAAAAAAAAGGCAUUAAAUCAUUAGACUAAUUUAAUUCUUAAUUUCUUAUUUAAUAUUAAAUUUGAACAUUACAUUAAGUUGAUAAAAACUUAAUGCCUUAA